AUGUUGUCGAGAAUGCAUUUGGGUUUGCAUGUUAGCAGGUCAUUUCUACAAACAAGCAUUAACAGAGGCAAAGCAGUCAACCUCAUAUCAAACUACACUAGAUUUCAGAGUACUCAAACAAUCAAGAAAGAUGAUAAGCUCAUAAAUAAGAAUGACUCCAUUAAAGGUCUUGGAGCCACUGUAACAGCGGAAACAAAGAUAGUAUCUAAGAAAGAGAUUCCGAAAAAGAUAAUCAGGCCUGGUUAUUUUGAAACACCCAAAGAUCCAGGUCUUAAUGGGAAAUUUCAAGAGGACUACCAAAGAAUUAUGAAGUAUACUUUAAUACCGCUGACUUUAACACCAUUUUUCACAUCAUACGCUGGAAUACCAUUCCAUCCAAUGUUAGAUGCUACAUUGGGGAGUGUAUUUCUAUUGUAUGCCCAUUACGGAUUUUCCUCAUUGAUAUAUCAAUAUUUACCCAAGGAAAAAUACCCUAGAUGGAGUACUAUAUCUCUUUGGACACUAUAUUCUUCAUCAUGUCUUGCAUUUUACGGUCUUUAUGAACUUGAAACUGAAAAUAACGGUAUUGUGGAUCUAAUUAAUAAACUUUGGAACUUCGAUGAUAGAAACGUGUUUGUUUUCAGCACUUCAUAA